CGUCGCUGUUUUUACCGGCUGCUCUCUGCUGCUGGCUUUGAGUCGCGCUUUGGACUUGGUAAAUGGAAGUUACCUGGCCUUGUCGCGCGCCAGUCUGCGCUUGAUAGCCAACGCAGCUGCCUCCGACUCGCAUUCGCAUUCGCACUUCGGCACAAUCUUGAUCGACAGUCUUAGUUGACAUUCGUGGCUGUUAUAUUUUUGGUUGAAAGCGUUAACUGGCGUGCUAGCAAAGCGGCUUAACUUAUAGAAUCCCAUUUGCUUUGCGAUUUAUCUAUCAAAAUGUCACUGGCCAAAUUCAAAACGCCUCUGGCAUUCCUCGGUCUCUGUCUCUGCCUCAGCUACAAAGUUCGCUCAGCAGUCGCAGCUCCAGCAGCACGCUAUGAAGACAAUCUCAUUGCAUAUCCCACUUCACCCAGCGAAGUUUUACCCAUUGAACCUCUCCUGAUUUAUCCCGAGACAAGAGAAGUCUACUACCAAGCACGCACACUGGAUGGCGAUGAAGAGCGCGACAUUAUCUUUGUGAAGUUGCUGAAGGAUAAAUCCAAUAGCUAUCGACCCAAGCUACAGCGUCUGGUCGAGAAGAAGGAGCAACGUCGCAAGGAGUUGAGCAUUAAGGACAUCUUCUUUGUGAAAGCACGAACCAAUGGACAAUUCAGUCACGAGCGUCUCAAGGUGUAUCGACUGCCGGAGUUCUAUGCCAUCAGCGUGUUUCGCAAUGAUGAGAAGUGAGAAGGGAGGAAGCUGAGGAAGAGGAAGCUGCAGCGAGAAUCGAUUGCAUUUUUACGAUGCAACAAAGUUGUUUUAAGUUCUUUAAGUGUAAGACGCUAUAAAUAAAUACCUCAAGAGUUGUUUUAAGUGCAAGCUGCGUUUAUUACUGUUAAUCACACACACGAGACACAGGCUCGUUAUCAGAACAACGACAAUUUACAUGCCAUUUCAAUUAUGCAUAACAAAAGGCAGCCGCCCCGCCGUCAAUUUCGUUGAAAGAUGGGCGUCAACGUCAGCGCCAGAAUCAGCGCCAAACAUCUCUCUCUCAGUCUCCUCACUUCACCAACUUCAACUUUACGCAUUUUGCGACGGGUUCACGUCAAGCGGCAAUUAAUAACUGUCAGUCAAUUGGUAGCUACAAC